GGUCCGUACGAACACCCGCCUGCGAAAUCUCACUUCCUCAUUUCACCCAGUAACCUCGGCUCGAUCGGACCAGACAAUCGGGUCAGCUGCCGUGGUGUGGUUUUUGCCUACUAUCCAGUUACAAAGUUUGAACAAACAGCGGAAUAUGGGACCAGGACAGAGAAACUCCAGUUCGUAUGUGCGGCUGCCGAACGCCGUGCUGUGUCUGAUGCUGCUGCUGACCCUGUGUUUGGGGACCUUGGCGGAAGGCGAUGACGUAUGUUCGAAGAACAGCCCAGCUUCAUGUGGAGAAUGUCUUCUGCGAGGUCCGCAGUGUGCGUGGUGUGCAGAAGAGUCAUACAUUGAAGGGUCAGCAUCAAGAUGUGACAUCAUCUCGAGAUUACAGGAGAACGGAUGUGCAGCCAGUCAGAUACAAAAUCCUAGCAGUGAAACAGUUAUUGCUCAGGGUCGCCCGCUCAGUUCCACAGGGAGCCAGACUGGCAGUGACGUCACACAGGUGUCACCACAGGAAGUCCGUCUCAGUUUACGGCCAGGUGACAGUGCGCAGGUGCAGAUGCAGGUGCGGCAGGUGAAGGACUACCCAGUGGACCUGUACUACCUCAUGGACCUGUCCAAGUCUAUGGACAACGACUUGCAGAAUCUCAAGACGCUAGGAGUCAAUCUCAUUAACAAGAUGAGAAACAUUACCAGUAACUUCCGGGUUGGAUUCGGGUCCUUUGUUGACAAGACGGUGGCACCGUACGUGAACUUGGCUCCUGGGAAACUGACCGAGCCGUGCGGCGGAUGUGCGCCCGUGUUCGGGUUCAGGAACGUCCUGUCGCUGACGGACCAGGCGGAGAAGUUCAGCACAGAGCUGGCGCAGCAGCAGGUGUCCGGCAACCUGGACCAGCCUGAGGGCGGGUUCGAUGCGCUCAUGCAGACCGCUGUCUGCAACGAUGAAAUAGGCUGGCGAGAGAAGGCCACAAAGCUGAUCGUGUUCGCCAGUGACGCGCCCUUCCACUCGGCCGGGGACGGGAAGCUGGGCGGCAUCCUGACGCCAAACGACGCCAAGUGCCACCUGGACUCUUCAGGCACCUACACCGAGCUCAACAACCUGGAUUACCCGUCAGUAGGCCAGCUGAUUGCCGUCCUUGAGGAGCGGAACAUACAGCCCAUUUUUGCAGUGACUGGGGAACAGAUCGACAUCUACAGGGGGCUGGCAGAUAUGUUUUCCGGUGCCAUCGCAGAAACUCUUGCUGAAGAUUCUUCCAACGUGGUUUACUUGGUGGAGGACGCCUACAAGAAACUCCGUUCCGAGGUGAGAAUGCAGGCCCCCAACGUGCCGGAAGGGAUCGAGCUGCAGUUCACGGCUCUCUGCCUGGACAACCAGGUGAUAGAGGGCGCUGCUGAGUGCAAGAACCUGGCUGUCGGAGACACCGUCGCCUUCAACAUCACAGUCAAGUUAGCCGAAUGUCCGCAAGGUGGCGGCGACCUGCAGUUCUCGCUGAACCCGGUAGGAUUCGGAGAUGAGAUGACGAUCAAGGUGACGACAAUGUGCUCCUGCGACUGCGAGGUGGACGCGAUCCCGGACAGCGACCAAUGUUCCGCCGGUAACGGGACCCUGGAGUGCGGCGUCUGCGUUUGCAACACGGGCAGGUACGGCCAGACGUGUGAGUGUAACGCCGACAGUGUAGAAGCCGUGGAUGAGACCAAGUGCCGGAUGGACAACGCGACGGCCGUGUGCUCGAGCCGAGGUGACUGCCUGUGCGGCCAGUGUACGUGCUCGCCUCGACAGGACCCGCGAGAGAAGGUCUGGGGCAAGUUCUGCGAGUGUGACAACUUCUCCUGCCUCAGGCACGAUAGGCUCAUCUGUGGAGGCCGUGGCACAUGUGACUGCGGGCAGUGCGUGUGCGAGUCGGGCUGGACGGGCGAGGCAUGCGAGUGUUCCGCCCGCACGGACGCCUGCAUCGCCGAGAACGGGGAGGUCUGCAACGGUCACGGCACCUGCGAAUGCGGAAAGUGCAAAUGUGAAGAUAAUUUCGCCGGUCCGACUUGCGAGGAAUGCCCGACCUGUCCUGGAAAGUGCGAAGGGAACAAAGGCUGUGUGCAGUGUCAGGCCUUCCAGUCCGGAGACGUGGCAGACCAGGAGUGUCUGCAGUGUCCCUUCAACGUCACCAUGGUGGACAGUGUGGACGUUGUCGUGGAUGAUCCGGAGAUCCAGUUGUGCCGUUUCCGUGAUGACGACGACUGUUUGUUCACCUUCUCUUACGGCAAGGGUGACGACAACACACUGGUGGUCAACGUACAGAGGACCAAAGAAUGCCCUCCGGAUGUCAAUAUCCUUCCCAUCAUCCUCGGCAUCGUGGCAGGGAUCGUUCUGAUUGGUCUAGCCCUGCUGAUCAUUUGGCGGGUACUGAUCUAUCUGUACGACAGGAAUGAGUAUCAGAGGUUCGAAAGAGAGCAGCAAAAGACAAAGUUUUCGUCGGACAUCAACCCACUAUACCGGGAGACCACAACGAAGUUCCUGAACCCCACAUAUGGCGGGAACAAGUGAUCUUCAAGUUGCCUCCUCAGUGUUGUUCCUGUUAAGUAUAAGCUCUAGUCACAGGGUGCUACAUUACAUGACAUGACAUCAACUCCAAAGCAUGGAGGAAACAGAAUGGAAAUAUUACAGAUUAAUCUUGACAACUUUGUUAAGUGCCUUUCGAAACAUCAUGAUCAGAAUUUUGCAUUCAUUGACAAUACGUCCCAUUGAGUGGACUCUUUGGCAGGGGUUCACUUCUCGAUUAUUGUAUAUCUACUAAUAUAUAUGUUCAUCACGAAUUGUCAAUAAUCUGACAGAGUCCUGUAAACUUCAGUAAUUUGAUUGUGUUUUAUUUUCUUAAUUACUUUAUACAAUCCCACCUUGCGCUGUGUCCAUCAAAUUGACGGAUUUGCAGCGUCACCAAUUUGAUAAUCAAUUGUAAAUAUUACAGACAUUAUAGAACUAUAUUGUAUAUAUGCUUCAGGUUUAUAUGUGUCCAUUUUGAGACUUACGACUAACUCGUAUUGCUUAUAAAGCGACAUUCCAAGGCUAAAUGCAGACAUAACCUAGUGCCAGGGUAUAAACUGUGUGUAUGCUAUUUAUUUUUUCACAGUUGUAGUGAGUAGUUUGAACUGGUUUAACAUCUAGUCUUAUUUAGCGAUUAAUCUGUUGUGUUGAUUUUCUGCAAAGGUAAUCUUAGAUUAAUAUGUUGUUUACAUAUAGACACAUGAUGUAGGUAAAACAUACAACUUAUUCCGCGCACAACGUUGAAAACUGUGAGCUACCAUUCUAAACAGAACAACAUAGAUACGUAUAGAAAACACCGCUAAAAUAUGAUUUAUUUAGACUGUGCUGUGAAUUUUAUUUUACACUAUACACUCUUGAUAGUUAAAGUAUACUAGUACGUUCUUUUUACAUGAAAUGCUUCGUCUUGGAAUUAUCUAUAUUUCACAACAGCAACGUGUUUAUCAUUUGUUCACAGACUAAUCUUAUGCUGACAUGCUGACAACACUUUAUAUUUGUACGUGCAAUAUGCAGAGAAUUAAAACAUAUGUUCUA